CACACUCGGCAGCACCUACAUCCUGCAGAUCUUUCUAUACCCAACGUCAACCCCUAUCCGCACAAUCUUGGCCCGCCCUCUCUUUGUCUCUUUAUAUCAACUCGCCAACCCCCAUCGGUCCAUCGACACUUAAGAACCUACUCACACAACCAACUAACAUACCAUCCGACUGACAAUGAGCAUCAUCUCCCUCAUCACAGCCAUCAUGGUUACUCUCCUCAUGGCUCUCCCCACGACCCAAGCAGACAUGACCACAUCCAUCAUAUCCAAACUACCCGAAGGCAUCGGCUCCAUCACAGACACCACCAGCAGCGGAACAAUCACGACCUGCAGUGAGCCCGACUUCCUCGGCUCCUGCACCGCCGUCGACGUCCUCAACAAAUGCAGCAACAACUUCGCUUCUGGCGCCAUCAAAUCGCUCACCCAGGAUCAGGGCGCUGUUUGCACUUACUACCGCGACACUGGCUGUGCGGCGGGUAACCAUUCGCCUUCGAAGCGUGUGGAUUCGGGUGCCGGCGUGUUCGAGUGGAGGGAUAUGGGGGAGUGGGCUGGAAAGGUGCUGUCGUUCAAGUGUGGUGGUGGUGGUGGUGCUUGAGUCGAGGGAGCGAAUCUGGGUUUCGGGCUUCUGUCCAAGGUUGUUCUGCCCCUGCGAUCUCUUGCGUGGCUGGGAGGUUUGUUGGGGAGAGUGAUGCAAUGGGGCCUCUAUAUGGUCUUUUUUUUCGUGAGCUGGUAU